UCUCGUCUUGUUCGCUGGUCACUGUGGUUAUGCAACGCUUGAUGGGGCCCCAAGUCCCCCAGUGUCAGGCAGGGUCCCAGGUUGUGGCAGUUUUACCAUAGGGGAGCCUUCUGGUGGCACUGUAGAGUUGGCCACUGCUGUAUGGGGUAAGGGGGCAGCGUCUCUUCUGGCUGUUGCUGUAAGUAGCGGUGCGCCAGUCGCUGACAACUGAUCGGAAGAGGUGGCAGCGUGAUAUGACGCUACUGGAAGGGCUGAGUGGGUACCUCAGAAAGGCGUGAGGGAGAGAUGGCAUCAUUUACAGCUGUUGGCGUCAGCUUCUGCUUGACUGCUCCUCGGUGUUCUCUCCUCUGUAGCUUUUCUUCGUGCGCACCGAUCCGCUGCUCUGCUGACUUGUUGCUUUGAGGCGAGCAAUGAGUUUGUCAAUCUCUCUAAGCGAAAUCAUCGUCUCAGAUCCCACUUCCGAUACCAAUCAUGGCCAAGGAGCACAUUCGUAGUUUGCAUUGCAUUUGUAUACAGUGCAGUAUAUCUUAUAUUACUACUAAAAAAAGUUAAAAAGUUACUUUGAAAUAGUUCAAACAGACUUAAGGACAAACCUACACAGUUAGUGUCUCUCAUAUCACAUGCAAACAUGAAUGUAGUGUAUCCCAUCUGAUUGGACAACACACCUUUGAAUUAAUUAUGGUAAUUAGGUGGGAGUUGAUUAUUGAAGUCCUAAGGUUCUGAACAAUGCAACAGUGAAUGAGGACACACAUCAACACUGAUGUGUCAGCUAACUUGAGGUGUAUGGUAUGAAACUUAAUGAUCUACUUGUCUUUAGUUAUUUUAACUUAAUGUCUUUGUUCCUUAAGAACAUUAAUGUUGUUGUGGUUACAUAUGCUGAAGUAAAUGUUCAAGUAUUUAAAAUGUUUUCUCAAUGUAAAUGGUUAAUAAUUGAAAAUUGAAUUGCAGAAAUUGAGAGACAUGGAACCAGAAGUGACUGUCAACGGGACUUACACUGUUAAUGACAUACAUCCUUGCUAUGAAUCAGAUAAUACACCUUAUGUAUUUACAAACAACCCUUCCAUAAUAUGUGUGUUAUUAUAUAUUUUCCUUGGUGCAUUGUCUGUUGUCACAAUAUGUGGAAACCUUCUUGUAAUAAUCUCCAUCAUUUACUUCAAACAGCUCCACUUACCUACUAACUACCUCAUCCUGUCUCUGGCUGUGGCUGACCUGCUUGUAGGAGUUUUAGUCUUUCCUUUCAGCAUGGCAGUCACUGUAACCUCAUGUUGGUAUCAUACAACUAUAUUUUGUAAAGUACGAGGAAGCUUUGAUGUUACACUGAGCACAGCUUCUAUUUUGAAUUUAUGCUGUAUUUCAAUUGACAGAUAUUUUGCAGUAUGUCAGCCUCUAGCUUAUAAAAGUAAAAUAAAUGAUCGCAUUAUUGGGAUUAUGAUCCUGGUGAGCUGGGGAGUUUCUGCUCUAAUUGGAAUUGGCAUCAUAAUUGCAGGUUUUAAUCAAGGAAAAUGUGGAGAAAGUUGUUUAAUUGAUGCUCUAAUAUCAACCACUCUGGCAUGUAUUUUCUCCUUUUAUAUCCCGGCAAUCAUAAUGCUCUGUAUAUACCUGAAAAUAUUCCUUGUUGCACAAAGACAAGCAAACAGCAUCCAGAACACAACCUGUCAGAGCACCAAGUCUGGAGCAACUGUCAGUAAGAUGGAAAGAAAGGCCACCAAAACUCUGGCUAUAGUCAUGGGAGUUUUUCUCUUAUGCUGGAGUCCUUACUUUCUUUUUAUCAUCUUUCAGCCUUUAACAUACGAUGUAACACCAAUUGCUGUGAUUGAAACACUUAACUGGCUUGCAUUGUCAAAUUCAAUGCUCAAUCCAUUAAUUUAUGCUUUCUUUUACCGCUGGUUCAGAUCAGCUUUCAGAAUGAUCAUUUCUGGAAAAAUAUUUCAAGGUGAUUUUGCUAACUCAAAAUUGUUUUGAUUGUUGAUUUGAAUGUUCAGAUACCAUUUUAACUGGAGAAUAAUGACAGGUUGAAACAAUAAUGAUUAACUUAUACCACUAUAAUAUAUUUACUAUAUUCACUGUCUGAGCAAAAUUGACUGUAUAUACACUUGUAGUUCUUAUUUAACAAUACUAACUGUAAAAUAAAAACUGUUUGGCAUUAAUUUCAACACAA